UGGAUCGAGUCGUUAUGGAAGCAGGGAGACACAGGAUCAGACUUCUUCUAAGCUUGGCUAAUGACUGGAAGGAUUUUGGUGGGAAGGUACAGUAUGUGAAGUGGGCAUGGGAGGCCGGAGUUACCUCAAGCUCCUCGAAUGAUUCGUUCUUCUUCGAUCCAUCCAUUCGUGGCUAUUUCAAAAACUACAUCAAGGCUAUUUUGACUAGGAGAAACCAUUUAAGCGGACUUGAAUAUAGGGAUGAUCCUGCUAUCUUUGGAUGGGAACUGAUGAAUGAACCACGUUGUCCUUCUGAUCCAUCUGGAGACGCUAUUCAAGUAUGCAGCCUUCUGCUAUCUUUUCUUUUUCUCUUUUUUUUUUUUGUAGAAUUUGCUGAAUGGUGGAAUG